GGCACGGACGCUUGCGGCACUUGUCCUGAACCUCCAUGAUCCCGCCAGUCGCAGACGACCCCGACCCGACGUCGCAGAUGCCGUGGCCCGCUGCGCGGGACCGCCAGGACGGCGGGAGCCCGGGCGCUGGGGGCACGUCGCUCGCGAGGCACAAGUCGCCUCCCGAGCAGGCGCCGGCGCCGGCGGACGUGAAGAAGAAGAGACUGACGACAUGGGACCUCAUCACGCUGAGUAUCUCGAUGGCGGGCGCGCAGAUCGCAUGGACCGUUGAGUUAGGCUAUGGGACGCCGUUCUUGCUAGGUCUCGGGCUCUCCGAGCAGCUCACGGCGCUGGUCUGGCUCGCGGGGCCGAUCAGCGGGCUCGUCGCGCAGCCCAUCAUCGGUGCUAUAUCGGACUCGUCGACCAGCAAGUACAGGCGCCGGUUCUGGAUCGCGUCUUCGACCGCCGCCCUCGUCUUCUCGACCAUCACGCUUGCGUAUUGCCAGGUCCUCGCGGCCUUCUUCGUCGACCUCUUCGGCGUGGGGGCGGGUGACUGGGACGAGGCACGGAACCACAGGGUUCAGUCCACCGCGAUCGCUUUCGCCGUCGUCUCAUUCUACAUCCUCGACUUCGCGCUCAAUGCACUGCAAGCAUCCUUACGCAACCUCCUGCUCGACAUCGCGCCGACCUCGCAAAUCAAUGCGGGCAAUGCAUGGCACGGAAGGAUGACCCACGCCGGGAACAUCAUCGGCUUUGGCUUUGGGUACUUCCCCCUCGCUCAGCUGCCCUUCUUACGAUGGGUCGGCGGGGACCAGUUCCGCAAGUUCUGCAUCAUUUGCAUCGUGAUCCUCGUCGUUACCGUCUGGAUAACGUGCUGGUGUCACGAAGAGGAAGCGCGUCCGGAAGUACACCAGAAGAAUGGCAAAUUCCGCGAGGUCUUGGAUAGUAUUUGGAACGCGAUUAUUCAUCUGCCAAAGCCCAUCCGACGAGUGUGCUACGUGCAAUUGAUGGCCUUCAUGGGAUGGUUCCCAUUCCUGUUCUACGCAACAACGUACAUGGGCCAGGUGAUGGCCUACGAGCUUGGAAGGGAACCUGAUCCUGAGCUUGCGACGCGUACGGGCGAGUUCGCCAUGUUGAUGUACAGCAUCGUGGCCGUCAUCUCCGGCACCAUCCUUCCCUACCUUGCCAACCGCGACAGGCGCCUGCUAGCACACAAGGAAGACGUCAGCGAGGACGCAGAGCUUGAGCGCCUGCGCAACACCGUCCGCCAGUGGCGCGCGGAAGCCGCUCGCAAGGGCCGCCCACUGCGUCUGCCCUUCAUGCCGUUCCUCUUGCGCAACAUCUGGACGGGCGCGCUGGUAUUUUUCAGCAUACUCACGUUCAGCACGUUCUUCAUCAGUACGACGAAGCAGGCGACGGCGUUCAUUGCGCUGGUGGGGAUUUGCUGGUCGGUGGCGAUGUGGACACCGUUUGCGAUUAUUAUGGAGCUUUUGAAGGAGCUUCCGAAGACGCGCGAGCCGCCACCACCGUCAACCUCCAGGCCGAAUUUGCAUGCGCGGGCUGCUUCGGUACCAGACCAUCUGCAUGAUCUGGUGAACGAACGUAGACCGCUGCUGCGUCGUCGCUCUCUCGACGACCUCGACGCGUCUGCGGCAAACCAGGAUCAGCAAUCCCAGGGCGGCACAAUCUUGGGUAUCCACAACCUCGCCAUCGUCAUGCCUCAAUUCAUCGUUGCAAUCGUGACGAGCAUCAUCUUCCGCGCUGUUGACGGCGUGAGCAACACCGCCGACCCUAGCGCGGCUGAGGACACGUACUAUGGCAAGAAUGGCGUGGCGUGGGUGCUGCGCUUCGGCGGUUUGUGCACCCUGUUCGGGGCGGCGCUUGCGAGGAGGGUGCCGCCGACGCCGACGGAGAAGGAUAUGCGCAGGCGGUUGAGCGAGAUGAAGACGCUGAGGGAGGAGGGGUAUGGUGCGUGAAGGGGUGCGAUAUGAAAGUGAGGGCUCGUGAAGGAGGUGAUGAGCGAGGGCGUCCUCUGGAGAGGGUGCAGUGAUACCUGGAUUUCGGCUGAUGGACUCGGGUCUUUUGCAUCGAUAUCUAAAGUAUCUGUAUCAUGCUGUCGUCUUGUACUAUAAAGCAUCGUUAGUUCCCUAAGGAAAUAGCUUUUUCGUUGACUCGGAAUCCGUUGUGUGUAGCCAUUUGGAGUUGUGGGUCCAUCAGAAAUUCACACGCGCACUUGUUCUCUGCU